GCGCAAGAAAUAUUUCUUCAAUAUUCACGAGUGGAGAAGAGCGUUAUAUUUUAAUAAGUAUUUUAAAAACUUAAAAUAGAACUGAAUAUUCAUUUAAAAGAAAAUACUGAUUCCUUCAACGAGAUAGUAAAUAGGUUUAACUUGUCAUUGGUUGGUGUUUAGUUUGGAAACUCUUUUUAUCGAGAUUCAAACUAGUACGAGAAGUUUUGGGACAAAUUAAUGAAGAUACACCAACUCAUUCGACCAAAGAAUCGUCUGGAAGUGCAAGACCUACGCGCAAAAGAAGAGAAUAGAAAAGAAAUUAAUACGUACUAACCCAAGGAAAACCACAAACAUGAAUAUACGAUGCGCUAAGCCUGAGGAUUUGAUGAACAUGCAACACUGUAAUUUGCUAUGUUUACCAGAAAAUUAUCAGAUGAAAUAUUACUUUUAUCAUGGUUUGACAUGGCCUCAAUUGAGCUAUGUGGCAGAAGAUGACAAAGGUAAUAUUGUCGGCUAUGUUUUAGCAAAAAUGGAGGAGCCAGAACCAGGUGAAGAGAGCAAGCACGGUCAUAUUACGUCUUUGGCAGUGAAGAGAUCUUACCGCAGACUUGGUCUUGCACAAAAGCUAAUGAAUCAAGCAUCUCUAGCUAUGGUAGAGUGUUUCGAUGCUCAGUACGUAUCUCUGCAUGUUCGUAAAAGCAAUCGAGCUGCCUUAAAUUUGUACACAAAUUCACUGGGAUUUCGAAUUCUGGAAAUAGAGCCAAAAUACUAUGCAGACGGUGAAGAUGCUUAUUCAAUGCGACGAGACUUGGCGGAGAUAGCAAAGGAAACACAUAAUCAUAUUCGUACGAUUGAUGGACGUCCGUCGUCAGAUCAUUCAGGACAUGACGGACAUUGUUGCUAAAACAAAAUUACCCAUUUAAUAAAAAAAUAAAAUUUGCGGAUUGGUGAUACUUUA